ACAGGCGGCGGCGGCCGCGCCCCCCCCGCCGGAGCGCGCGGCGCCGGGAGCCCCAUGGCCGGCAGCACGGAGAUGGCGUCCCUGGAGGAGAGCUUCCGCAAAUUCGCCAUCUACGGCGACACCAAAGCCACGGGGCAAGAGAUGAACGGGAAGAACUGGGCCAAGCUGUGCAAGGACUGCAAAGUCACCGACGGCAAGAGCGUCACCAGCACCGACGUGGACAUCGUCUUCUCCAAGGUGAAAGGGAAGACAGCCCGUGUCAUCAACUACGAGGAGUUCAAGAGGGCGCUGGAGGAGCUGGCACCCAAGAGGUUUAAGGACAAGAGCAAAGAGGAGGCAUUCGAAGCCAUCUGCGAGCUGGUGGCAGGGAAGGAGCCCAUUAACGUGGGUGUCACGAAAGCCAAGGCCGUGGGGGCCGUGGAGAGGCUGACAGACACCUCCAAGUACACGGGGUCACACAAGGAACGCUUCGACGAGAGCGGCAAGGGCAAGGGCAGGAGCGGCCGCGAGAACAUCGUGGACACCAGUGGCUACGUCAGUGCCUACAAGAACGCUGGCACCUACGAUGCCAAAGUGAAGAAGUAGGGAGGGGGAGCCCUGGCACCCACUGCCACGGCCCCAGGGCCGCUGCUCCGGGCAGUUUGGGUCGUUGCCCGGGGAUGUGGGGCCUGGGAGGCUGCGCUGGGGCAGCCCCGGGCUGGGGGGGGAUGUGCUGGUGUGAGUGGGAGAGUCACUGGGCUGAGUGCUCUGCCCCAACACGGUGUCUGUGCUUCCCCUGCGCUGUCUCCCAGCUCCUCCUGCACCUCUCCUGAGCCUCCCCACUGCUGGCAGCACCUGCCCUACUAACAGCAUCGCUCCUCAGGGUUCCCCUGCCCCGCUGGCACCCAAACCUUCCCUACCUCAGCCCCAGCUUUCGGGGCACUGUCCCUGCCAGUCCCACCAGAGACUGUGCCUGCAGCCCCCCCCCCAGAGAUCUGCCUUACCCCCCCCCCCAGGUACCCCACAGCCACCCCCUCCCCUGCCCGUGCUCACCCAGCCCCGUGGGAGCCUCAGACCCCACAGUGCCAUCAGUGCCAGUGCAGCCGGGCUGCUCCUGCCCCAGCCCCAGGGUACACCCCAGGGAAUCUCACCAUUGCCUGCUCACCCACAGCAGCCUCCCACCUGCACCUCUGUGACCUCCCACCACCCUUGUGACCCCCAAAUGCUGCAGCCCCACGCUGUGACCGGCUCUGCAAUAAAGCCCCGUCCGCACUGA